CAUUUAUAGAUAGGCUUAUCCCCUUCACAAAAACAGCGAUAUGGUAAAAUAAGCCUUCCUAAUUCUAGUACGAAUGAAAAUUAGAAUAUUUUUCAAUAUUUCAUCAAAUCGAAUGAAGGAUUGCAUAAAAAGCGUACUAUAAUAAUUACAUUGCCGUUCAGUAAAUAAUUAUGAUUCAUUUUUCUUUAUGUGUUUUCAACAUAAAGUCAAUCAGAAUAUAAACAAAUAAACCUUUGUCUAUUUUCAGUUCCACUUUUGAGGCAGACUUUACGUUUCCCCCGGGAGUAUGUUAUGCAGUUCAGAAAUUGUCCUUGAAUUAUGUUGUGCUAUCUAUUGAUUAACAAAAGCGCACACUCGUUAUUUACGCUAAUAUAAACCAAUUCUUCUAUCAAUAUAGAGUUAACUGCUUAUCUGGAAAUGUAGAUUUUCAAUAUAUUCCAAUACGGUAUCCUCGCAAGUGUGUCCAGUAUUGAGAGCCGUUUUGUAAUUUUUCAAGCAUAUUUAAAUAUACACCUAUACUUGAGAACUUCGUAUAGUACCAUUAAAUUAUACAAAUACAUGCAAACAAGUGUAUUUAUGGCAUCAAUAAUAGUAGAUGUUUGUUGUUGAAUAGAGUGCAUAUGAGAGCAUGGAUUUGAUAUGCAAAUCAAUGUCAUUCGUCAAGAAAAAAAAUCAGCAGCUACAGGAUUCACUAGGUGGCUAUCCUGCGUAUAGCACUAAAUAUUUUUUUGAAAGUAUCAUUAUUUUCCGCCUUCCUGAGAGGAAACUUAGAUUUUUCAUGCAAAUUUCCUCACUUCCUUCUUUUGAGUAUAUUGAAAUCUCAAUUAUGAAGAAAUUAUAUCAGUUAGUUGAUUCGUCUGAAAUAAGAAUUAAUUCGUUUUUCUUAAUCCGAUUUAGCUAUUUUAUUGAAAUUAACGAUUUCAAUUUUCUUUCCUUAAGCUCAUUAUACGGUACAUAUUUUGUAAGAGUGAGGUCUUUGAGGGUAACGAAACUAACAAAAACCGACACUAAAUCGGAUAAAUGCAUGAAGGAAAUAACAUUCCCUGUAGUUAUGUUCUGGUUUGUAUUUUUGUCCCCACUAAAGAGAAGAAUCUCAUAUGCAUACAUAGUAGACUUUUGA